AUGGGUCUCGUCAACGUCUUCACCAAAGCCGCUAGCCUAGCGGCUGUGUCGUGCUUCUUCCCCUCCACAGCGGCCGCUGCGGCUACGAGCGUCCCGAGCGCUGUCAUCCCGCAGGGAACCAUUCGAGGCUUCCGCGACACUCACGGCAAUUCGGUCUUCUUGGGCGUUCCCUUCGCCGCUACGACUGGCGGGAAGAACCGGGGCAACUUGUUCUCUCAGCAGGGUGAGGACUGCCUGAACCUCAACAUCUGGGCGCCCGCCACGGGCGAGAACCUGCCUGUCUUUGUCUACAUGUACGGCGGUGCCAUGGUCACUGGCUCCAGCAGCGAUCCCCAGCUGCAAGGAACCAACUUUGCUCGUAAUGAUGUCGUCUACGUCAACUUCAACACGCGGGAGAGCAUCUUCGCCUCGCCGUACUCGUCCGAGCUGGAUGCUGCCAACCCCGGCGAGUCCCAGAAUUUCAGCAUUCUCGAUGUUGAAAAGGCCCUUGACUGGGUUCGCGAAAACAUCAAGGCUUUUGGUGGCAACCCCGACCACAUCGUCUUUGGUGGACACUCUUCGGGCUCCGUGCAGGUGGACCACUAUCUCUGGAACCACCCUGACACCUGGCUCAAGGGUGCCGUUGAGAUGAGCGCCAAUGCCCUGUCUGGCCCCGGCUACGCGCCCCAGAAUGAGGCUUUGGACAUCGUUGCCGCUGAGGUCGGAUGCCCGGCCGGCGGCCAGGGCCAAGUCGACUGCCUCCGUGACGUUGAUCUCUACGCCUUCCAGACUGCCAACUUCAACGCAACCUCGAACACCUGGUUCACUCCCGUCAUCGACGACAUCACGCGGCACUCCGACUAUGCCGCCCGCUUCGCCGCUGGCAAGUACGCCUCACACGUUCCCCUCCUGACCGGUACUUCCGAUGGCGAGGGCACCAUCUUCAGCAUCGUCUACGGCGGCCAGAACACGAACUUCUCGUCCUGGAUCAACACUUUCGAUGCUGACAGUCAGCACAUUCCCGACUGCAACCUGAUCAGCGCCUACCCGGCCUCAUCCUUCGCCUCGGAGUCCCUGCGCAGCGGCACACAGUACGGUGAUGCCCGCUUCACUGCCCCUCCGACUACCUUGUCGACGUUUCGCAGCAACGCCCAGGAUACCUGGGUCUACCGCUUCUUCGGCGCCUACGACAACGUUGUCGGCCCCCCCGGCACCGCUCCCACCCACGGCACCGAGGUCCCCUUCUUCCACGGCGGCAACGAGUGCUUCGAGAAACUCUCGGGCGUCACCGCCGCCCAGCAGGCCCUUGCCGACUCCAUCCACGGCUGGUUUGUGCAGUGGAUCAAGAACCCUGCUGCCGGCCCCGGCUGGGACAAGGCCAAGCCCAAGUCCGGUCCGCUCGUCAAGCUCGGCGUGCCUGCCGAUGAGCUGUCGCUGAUCAAGGGCACUACCGACGAGUUCAACAGUCGCUGCCAGAAGGUGUACAACCCCAGGUUCAACAAGUACCCCGUGGUUCAGUCUGUCGAGGGCAUCCUGUGA